CUGACCACUUUGUCCAUUUCAGGCCCCAGGUCCCGGGCGGCUAUGGCCGCGGCCACCAUCGUGCACGACACGUCGGAGGCGGUGGAGCUGUGCCCCGCGUACGGCCUCUACCUGAAGCCCAUCACCAAGAUGACCAUCAGCGUGGCCCUCCCGCAGCUGAAGCAGCCGGGCAAGUCCAUCUCCAACUGGGAGGUGAUGGAGCGGCUGAAGGGCAUGGUGCACCACCACCAGUUCUCCACGCUGCGCAUCUCCAAGAGCACCAUGGACUUCAUCCGCUUCGAGGGCGAGGUGGAGAACCGCAGCAUGGUCAGGGCCUUCCUGGCCUGCCUGGACGGCAAGACCAUCAAGCUCAGCGGCUUCUCCGACAUCCUCAAGGUGCGGGCCGCCGAGUUCAAGAUCGACUUCCCCACCCGCCACGACUGGGACUCCUUCUUCCGCGACGCCAAGGACAUGAACGAGACGCUGCCCGGCGAGCGGCCCGACACCAUCCACCUGGAGGGGCUGCCCUGCAAGUGGUUCGCGCGGCGGGAGGCGGGCGCUGAGAAGCCCAGCGAGGACGUGCUGGUCCGCGUGUUCGAGAGGUUCGGGGCGAUCCGCAACGUGGACAUCCCCAUGCUGGACCCCUACCGCGAGGAGAUGACGGGGCGCAACUUCCACACCUUCAGCUUCGGGGGCCACCUGAACUUCGAGGCCUACGUGCAGUACUGCGAGUACGCCGGCUUCAUCCAGGCCAUGAGCGCCCUGCGCGGCAUGAAGCUCAUGUACAAGAGAGGAACCCCGAAGGUCUCCUUCGAUUCGACCAAACACCUGAGCGACGCCUCCAUCAAGAAGCGGCAGCUGGAGCGGCAGAAGCUGCAGGAGCUGGAGCAGCAGCGGGAGGAGCAGAAGCGGCGGGAGAAGGAGGCCGAGGAGCGGCAGCGGGCGGAGGAGAGGUGGGCCGGGGAGGAGAGGCCGGCGCUCUAA